AUGGGAGAGAGUAACAAUGUGACAGAAUUUCUCCUCCUGGGCCUCACUCAGGAUCCCAAUGGGCAAAAAGCAUUAUUUGUAAUGUUUUUACUCACAUACAUUGUGACCAUGGUGGGCAACCUGCUCAUCCUGGUGACUGUUAUCAGCAGCCCCUCCUUGGGCUCCCCCAUGUACUUCUUUCUGGCCUCUCUGUCACUCAUGGAUGCUACUUAUUCCACUGCCAUUUCACCCAAAUUGCUUGUAGACCUACUCUGUGAUGAAAAGACAAUUUCCUUCCCAGCAUGCAUGGGCCAGCUCUUUGUAGAACACUUGUUCGGUGGAGCUGAGGUCUUCCUUCUGGUGACGAUGGCCUAUGAUCGCUAUGUGGCCAUCUGUAAGCCUCUGCACUAUUUGACCAUCAUGAAUCGAUGGGUUUGCAUCCUUCUGUUGGUGGUGGCCUGGGUUGGAGGUUUUGUGCACUCUGUGGUCCAAAUUGUCUUUGUGUACAGUCUCCCCUUCUGUGAUGGUGGAGCCAUCUGCAUGGUCGUCUUUGUCCUUCUACUCAUCUCCUAUGGAGUCAUUCUAAGCUCCCUUAAAAGUUACAGUCAGGAAGGGAGGGUUAAAGCCUUGUCUACCUGCAGCUCCCACAUCACCGUGGUUGUCCUCUUUUUUGUUCCCUGCAUUUUCAUGUAUGUUAGACCUGUCUCCAACUUUCCUAUUGAUAAGCUCAUAACUGUAUUUUAUACAAUUAUCACUCCCAUGUUGAAUCCUUUAAUAUAUACCUUGAAAAAUUCAGAGAUGAAACAUGCUAUGGAAAAGCUCUGGUGUAAAAAUUUAACUAUAGAUGGA